AUGGGGAAACUCACCGUAGCGGUGGUUGGUGCAGGCCCUUCUGGGCUUUCGAUGCUCAAGCAGCUGCGUGACGAUGGCUUCGCAGUCUCGGGUUUCGAGAGGCGGGACAAGGUCGGGGGGCUAUGGGCCUACUCGGACAACAAGUCCUACACCACUGCCCUUCCCCGGACCAUGGCCAACAUCAGCAAGUUCACGUGUGGCUUCAGCGACUUUCCUAUGAUGGAUAAGUACCCUAUCUAUAUGAAGACGGAGCACUUCCAGGACUUCAUGGAGAGCUACGCCAGGCACUUUGAUCUCCUCAAAGACUGGAACUUGAACACGACCGUCAAGAAGGCAUCGCGCAACAAGGACGACACCAAGUGGAGCCUCGAGGUCGAGACAGCCGCCGAGGGAACCAAGAACCUCGAGUUCGACAAGGUCGUCUUCUGCCACGGCUACCAGACUAAGGCCAUUGUGCCGACCUUCGAAGGCCAGGACAAGUUCGAGGGGACGAUCACGCACUCGCAGCAGUACCGAAGCCCCCUACCCUUCAAGGACAAGCGCGUCCUCGUCCUGGGCCUCUCGUCCACGACCGGCGAUAUCGUCCCGGACCUGAUGCCGCACGCCGCCCACCCAGUCUACCUCUCCCACCGGCGCGGCGCGCUGCCUUUCCGGCGGUUCCGCAAGGGCGUGCCCAACGACACGCAGGUGACCUGGCGGCGGCGCCAGAUGUCGCAGUUCCUACAGCGGUACUGCCCAUCGGUGGCGAAGCUCCUCGCCGACUGCUUCAUGACGCUGGGUGCCAAGCUCAUGUUCCCGAACCUGAAGCCUGAGUGGCGGCUCCUGCCCAUCCCCAGCAUCCUGCUCCGGCUCCCCGGCAGCUUCGAGAACAUCAUGCCGCACCUCGAGGACGGCGGCUUGCAGUCAGUGCAUGGGCUAAAGCGCUUCUUGGGCCCGAAGAAGGUGGAGCUCCUGGAUGGCACGGUGCUGGACGACAUUGACGCCGUGCUGCUCUGCACGGGAUACAGGGCCGACUGGACGGUCGGGCAGUCCUUUAUGGAGACCAGCACGCCGAAGGUCCACGGAUUCGACAGGGUGCCCGGCGGUGGGGGCUCCAUCUACCGGCUGUGGAUGAACCUGUUUCCGCCAAAGUACGCCGACUCGUGCGCGUUCCUGUGUUACUCGGCGUUCGGCAAGUCCAACGGCUUCUCCUUCGCCGACGUGACGUCCAUGGCUAUCUCGAACGUCUUCCGCGGUGUCGAGCCCCUCCCUUCACUCGAACAGAUGAACGGCUGGAUCGACAACCAUCAGAAAUGGGUGGCGUCACGGUGGAAGAUGGAUCACAGCAUCGACACGAGCAUGGUGAAGCAAUGGGAGUUCCAGGGCUGGCUUCACCGCGCCGCCGGGACGGGCAUGGAGAACUUGAGCCCGCUGACCUGGAAGGGCUGGAAGUUCUGGUGGAACGACCGAAAGAUGUAUAAUUUGAUGAAUGACGGCGUUGAGACGGCUCAUAUGUACAAGUACUUCGAGACAGGUAAGAGAAAGACGUGGGAAGGGGCAACAGAAGCGAUUCUCCAUGCGAAUGAGGUUAUUAAGAAGGUAUUGCCCAUCACUGAGGAGCAGGAGAAGGAGUUGUUGGCUGGAAAUCCGGCGCCGGUACCAGAAUCCUUGAACAUGUUCGAAGUUAGGGCAUUGUUGAAAGGAAAGGCCAACCGCGGUGUCUUUGACUGCGUUUUGGAUGUCUACCAAUACCAAACCAGAUUCGGCACCGGAUCACAGCAUUACAACAAAGGAGACCAUACUCGUUAUCCCACCACGACACAUUUCGAGAGUAUUGCUUGCAUUUAUACGAAUUUCACAGCCGAGGAAGAAGGCCAGCUCUUAAUCAAAAACCAGAUCGGAGGGGGAAAUGACAAGAAGCGCCGACCAAUGACGCCGCCAAAGAAAGAAGACCUCGACAGGCUCCUCAAGGUCUUCACCAAACCGCCAGUAUCAGCACCCUCGCCACCCCUCCGCAAGGGGGAAGUGUAUUGCCUGUCAAGCUUCGCGGGGAGGGCAGAACAGUGGUACAAGGAAGAGGCACGCCGGCAGCUCACGCAGCUCAGCAGGGAGGCUGCGGGCGUAGGCCAGCGGCGCCAGCCGUCCCGGGCAGCAAAAGGGAACUUCGAGGCCGGCGACUACAUCCUUCCUGUACACGAAGUGAACUCAUUGCUCGCAUCAUCCGCGAGCAAGAAUGAGCCCGAAACUAAAGCGUACGAGAUAUGUCUUCUCACGCCACCCGAUGACAAAGAUGGAGACGAAGGCGAGCAACCACCUGAGCUAGAAGACGAGGCGCCGAGUCCGCAGGCCAGCCUCGAGCACUUCCAAACACGCCUGGGCAGGGCCAUCCACGCCAAGGGCCAGGAGCUGAGGGCCCGGAAUAUCGAGCAUGGCAUCCGGCACACGUGCACAGUGGGCAGUAGCGCGUGGGAAUGCGUGGAUGAGGAGUACUGCGGGCACGGGCUGCUGGACCGGUGCGUGCGGUGGGUGCCUAAGAAGCAAGCACAUCUGCGGGCGCGGAUGCGGCUCGAGAUGGAGGGCUUCUUCGCGUCUGGAACUGAAAACAACAACCCAAAGCGGCUCGCCGAACUGAAGAAGGCCAGGGGCGCGUCGCUCAAGGCGGAGACGCUGCGGCGGCUCGGGGAGCUGGAGGCGGUGCUGCAGGCGGCACCGGCCGAGGAGGCGGAGAUGCUCGAGAGCCCGACGCUGGGGCGGUGGCCCGCGUCGGCGGAGGGGUUCCUGCGCGAGGACGUCGGCGCGCAGCGGGUCGAGCUCGCCGGGCUGGCGUUCGCGGUGGAUGUGUGUCUCGGGGAGCCGCGGGUGUUGAUGCUGUAG